AGCACACCAGUGGAUAUGCCCAGCAGAGGACAGAAUGAAGAUAAGGACAGCGGCAUUGCACGAUCAGCAUCUCUAAGCAGUCUUCUGAUUACUCCUCUUCCUUCACCAAGUACAUCAUUUUCAAGUAGCUAUGCCAGCAGCUAUCAGCGGCGAUUGUUGAGAAGUCAAACCACCAGUUUAGAAAAUGGUGUAGUUCCACGAUGGUCAACAGAAGAAACUUUUAGUAUGGCGGAUGAGAGUUACACUACAAACCCAGCAAUGAUUGGCCGCAAGAAGAUAGCAAUCAGCAUCCUCUUUUCUUUGUCUAAAGAGGAGGAAGCACAAAGGAAUUUCCAGGACUUCUUUUUCUCCCACUUUCCUUUGUUUGAAUCUCACAUAAACAAGCUAAAGUCAUCUAUAGAAAAGGCUAUGAUCUCAUGCAGGAAGAUUACUGAAUCAAGUCAGCGG